UUGAAUUUAACGGUCGGUUUGGUAGUGAAAGUGUCGACUCUCGAUCCACAUUUUGGUGUUUAUUUGUGCGGAAUGCAAUUAAUUGAAUGAAAGAAAAAUCCCCAAAAAAAUCUAGAAAAAAUCGCUUCAUUGAGAGCUAAAAAUAUAGAUACAAAAAUCAAGAAAAACAAACAUCAAGUGUUUAAAUAUGAAUUAUUAUAAACCAAUUUUUAAGUGAACAAAUCGAAUAUAUGUAAAUAAAAAACAAGCAAGCAACAACCAAGAGACGUGGAAGCAAAUUGAAUUUUUUUCAACAAAUUGCUGCUCACUUCCGGCAACGGCAGCUGGUCGCAGACCAAAACAUUUUCUGUGGUGCCCGUUUCCACCCAUUAAACUAAUAAUAAUAAAAAAACAAAGAAAGCAAAAAUACAAAAAACAUUUGGUGCGAAAAAAAAAACAAAAUCGAACAAACUCUAAAUGAACGCUGUCUAGAGAAGGUGAAGGAAGGAGAAGGAGAAGAAGAAGGAGAUAUAGAGUGCCAUAAGAAGAGCAAACAACAAUUAAAAGGCGGAAAUUGAAAUGUAUACACAAUCAACAGAAAUCAAACGUCCUCCUCCACUCUACAAAUCGAAAGCAAAAAAUGCAAAAUUGUAAUGUGCAAAUCAAAUGGAAAAACUCAAGUGAAAGUGAAAAAUUCGCCCAAGCGAAAAUUUAUUAAUUAUCUGACUGCUGCUGCUUACUAACGAGUCUAAGCGGAAUUUUCCGUUCUCAAGAAACGUGGCCAAAAAUUUUUUUGUUUAUGAGCCAAUUUGCCAAACACAAAAUUCAGAAACCAACAACUUCUUCAUUCUCAAACUAAACAGAGUGACAGAGCGAGAGCGAGAGAGUGUGUUAGUGAGACAGAGACGAAGAUAGACAUUUAUAAUUUGCAUAUUUCCCUCUCCGCCUCACAAAUCGCAUAAACUGUAAACAGGCAAACGACGACAGACAACGCGGCGUGUGAAGUUGAAGUGUUUAUUAAAUAGCUUGCCGCAAAUGUUGCUUGAAGACUUGAAGUGAAAGACAUUUGCCUCAGUCUUAGUAUCUCUGCACACCAAAAUGCUGUUGGCAUUGCCGCCGCAUAAAGAUUUGUCAGCUGACUUGAGUGAAAUUCAUAAUACCAGACAUAACACAAUGGAUACGCAACAUCAACGCAGACAACAACAACAAAAACAACACAAGGAUCUGCCACCACAAAAUCGAAGCAUACGCGACACAGAAUGGACGAUUCAAGGAAAAUGCUGCCUCAUUUUGCUACUCAUCUCAAUGUUGGGACUGGAACUUGUCGAGUGUGCACUACGCAAUGUCAAUUUAAUCAUUGAACCACCGGCAGUGCGACGGGGACAGCAUGUGGUGCUUCGUUGUAUGUACGAUCUGGAUGGGGCACCGCUUUAUUCGGCCAAAUUCUAUCGCGGUCAAUUGGAAUUUUACCGUUAUACGCCUGGCGAGUUUCCCAAUACCAAAGUGUUUCCAUUUCCUGGUAUUCAUGUCGAUGUAACCAGCUCGAAUGCCACCCAAGUUCUUAUACGCAAUGUCGGAUUUGGAUUAUCUGGAAACUUUUCAUGCGAAGUCACCGCCGAUGCUCCACUCUUCUCAACGGCCACCGCUGUGGGCAUCAUGCAAGUUGUGGAGUUACCCGAUAAACGUCCACAGCUAUCCACGGAGCACACUCGUUAUGAGCCCGGCGAUGUUUUGCGUGCCAAUUGCAGUACUCCACCCUCACGUCCAAAAGUCGAGCUGACAUUGACGAUCAACAAUAUGGUGUUAACCAAUGUGGAAGUGCAGUAUAUCCGUACCAUUGAUAAUCUGAUUGCCUCGCGCAUUUCAGUGAAACUACAAUUGCAGGGCGUGCACUUCUCCAGCGUUAAUCCGGCCAUCUAUAACAAUGAGGGAUAUGGUGAGAAUUCCGUCUAUGGCCAUGGUGGUCCAGUCUAUGCACCGAAUACUGGCAGCUUACUGCUGCGCUGCACCGCCCAAAUUGGUGACCUCUAUCAGGAGUACAAGGAAAUAGAAUUGGGCACACCGCAAAAGGAUCCUAUACCGGCACGUGUUACGCUCUCAUCCGACUCGAGUUUGAAAAACUUUUUUAGCUCGUAUUUCUCGACAUCGUCGGCAGCAUCGCGACCCGGCGUCCAUUCGGCGCCAGUCAUUAUGGCUGCUGCACUGGCUCUACUCAUCCUUAGCCACAUGGACAUGAGCCGGGGCAUGGGAAUGGACAUGGGCCUGGGCCAAGAGCUAAUUGUGAUUGGACUUGCAUCCGUUUUUGCCGACAACCGCGAACCAACAGCCACCCCGUCGUCGUCGUCGUCGUCUCCGUCGCCGUCAUCAUCACGAGCAACAGAACUUGCAGCUGCAACUCGAGAUGUUGCAACAAAACAUUCCAAUCAGCGGCGUUAUCUGUCCGGUUGCAGCGCCUCCAAGGCGCCUAUGCAGCCUCUGGCCUGGCCAGUUCACACAGAAGUAGCUUAAAGGAUUAGUUCAAAGUUAGUUAAAUCGUUUAAGUGAUCGACGAAAGUAUCGACAUUUUGUAUGCAAUUCCAAAUUGUUUAAGUACAUACUGAAUAUAUAUUUAGAUUUAAUUUCAUUUUAAAUUUUACAAUUUCAGUUUUGCAUUUCAUUUAAGAAGAGAUUUUCAUUUAAGGAAUGCUUUUGUCCACAUAUUUGCCAUGUGGCGUCUACUAGCGAGCUAAAAAUACCCAAAAAAAAAAAAACAAAAAACAAAAA